UUGGUGGAUUACCCCCGCUGGUUGCUAACCGACAAGAAAAAAAAGAGAAAAAGAUGUUUUACUUCCCUACUCCAGUCUACUCCGACGGUUGUCCCACUGACGCCCUUAGAUCCUCAAUACGAUGCGGGGAUCCUUAGAAGGGCAAUCAUCGGGUCCUCAUUGGACAGCGCAGCUCUCAUCGGUCUGCUUACCAACAGGACCAGUGACCAACGGCAGGAGAUUCUCCACCAUUAUCAACAUUCGUUUGGUCAGGAUCUACGACAAGACCUGAAGAAUGCCACCGGCGGUGACUUCCAAACAGUGAUCAUGGCUCUGAUGACUCCCAUGAACAAGUAUUUGGCAAAAGAAAUCCACAGAGCACUGGGCAGCCGAGGGGCAAAGGAACGAACUCUCAUUGAGCUCCUCUGUACCAGAGACAAUGCAUCCAUAAGGGCCAUAAAGGAUGCCUUUUACAACCUUUACGGUAAAAGCCUCGAAGAAAUGGUACAAGAGGGUACUUCGGGGUCCUUCCAAGAGCUCCUCAUUGCCCUCUGCUCCUGCAGUAGGGACGAAAGAGAAUGCGAGGAGGAGGCGGUCGAUCUCGCCCAGCGGUUAUAUCUGGCCGGCGAGGGUCGCAGCAGAACGGGUGAGCCCCAGCUGAGGAACAUCUUGACCUCCCUCUCUCACAAGACUCUCAGGAAGGUCUUUCAGGAAUAUAACAAACUCGCUGGAAAGUCUUUUGGAAACCUCCUGGAGGAGGAAGUCACUGGAGAUAGUCUCAAGGGCAUGUUGGCUGUAUAUUCCAGCAUCCAGAACCCGGCCGUGUUCUUCGCGGAGGCGUUGCACGCGUCGAUGGUUGGCCUUGGAACGCGAGACCGUACCCUCAUCAGGCUCGUUGUGUCUCGCUCCGAGAUAGACAUGGGCGACAUCAAGGUUCAGUAUCACAACUUGUACGGAAGAACGCUGGAAAAGGAUAUCAAGGGCGACACAUCUGGCGAUUACAAGAGGACGUUACUUGCACUUAUUGGAGCUUCCUAACUAAAAUCUCUGCUGUUAUUUUCAAUUUGUUCGUCUCCCUCUUAUUCUCUGCCUCAUACAACAAUGUACCUUCAUCCCUUUAAACACAAGGCGACUCAAAGUAGCAAAAAGUAUAAAAAAUUAUCUUAAACUAAAAAAAGUAGCAAAAACUAUAAAAAAAAUAUCUUAAAGUAGCAAGUAUAAAAAAAAAUAUCUUAAACCAACCUGGCUAAUUUUAGGUCUGUCUAACGUGUAUGGGAGUACAGAGGUAUAUGAGAAAUCCCAGUGUUUGCCACUGAUAAAUUACUCUCACCAGUGAGAGUAACUCUAGAUUUUACUCUAGAAUUUCAAAUUGUUAAUCAACGCCAAAAAUGUGUUCCUCAUCACUGUCAAAUAUCGAGCUCAAAACUCUGUUAGCGUUCAUCAUUAGUAAGAACAUCAUUAUCACUCAUUACCAUUGUAAUCACGAGUAACAAUGCAAUCAUUUUCAUCAUUAAGAGAAAUUGUAAUCAUCAUCUAUCAACUGCAUUAUCAUUAUCGUCGCUAUCACCAGCAGCAUCAUUAUCUUCACUAUUCGUUCACGUCGUAGUCAUUAUCUCAGCAUCAUAAUUAUAACUGUCAUAAUCAUAAUAGACUUUACCACACUAAUUGGUAUCUGAACGCUUAGGAUGAUUUUAAUUGUAAGAGUAGCAGGUUAUUCAAGCCCGGAGAAGCAUCGAGGAGCUUCCUAUACUGAAGAAGAAGAAGAAGAAGAAGAAGAAGAAGAAGAAGAAGAAGAAGAAGAAGAAGAAAUGUUUAACCAGUUUCCAGUGUCUCAGAAGACUCAGGGUUCCUGAAAAUCUCCAGACGUUUCAGCCAUUGAUAUCCAGAAUGUUUUUUUUUUUAUGUGAAAUAUUAACCAAAUCAACGUUGUCAAUUUUAUUAUUGGUCCAAUAGCAACAAGAUCUCAUGUCGAUGCUGUCUUACGUGAUCGUAUGGCGAAAUCAGUAGCGUAAAAGAUUCAGAAUCAGUGAGAAUAUUUGUCUCUGAUUUGAAUGCAAAUGAUCGGAGACCGAUAUGAAGACAGAAAAUGUCUCUCUCCCGCCUUCAUUUGGCAUUGAAAAGUUAGUAAGACUCGGAAUCAGAACCUAUAACCGAUAGGGAGGGAGAGAGAGAGAGAGAGAGAGAGAGAGAGAGAGAGAGAGAGAGAGAGAGAGAGAUUCCUGACUCAUGUUUCUCCGCAAUGAAUCUCACUUUGAUGCAUAAACAAGGAUGAAAUUUCCCAUUGAAGAGUUAAGAAAUUAAGAGCAUUAUUCACAUGUAUAGUUGUAAUUACUGUGUUUCAAAAGAAAGAAAAAAAUGUUUAGAAAUUA